GAAGAAGAGAUGAAUGAAAGAAUGAGAAAAAGUAUUGAGCUGCGGUAUGCUCAUAAUAACAAAGAGCAAAGAAUUUAAAUCAAAGACAAUGGCUAAUAAAAAGAAAGCAACGCAAGUUACUCCUAAAAGAGACUUGAACUGUGCAAAAAAUCCGAAGUCAAAACUACGACGUAAAGCAAUUCGUACAAGAAAGAGAGCAACGGCUAAAAGAGCUAUUGGCGUAAUAGUUUUGGCAAGAACUGACAUAGUUCGAUCACCAACUCCAGCUUCUAUGCAUGAUUUUGGAGAUCCACAAACACCAUGAGUGAAAUUGCAACUAAUUGCACAUUAAAAGUGUAUUUCUCAAGUACAUGAAUUAAACAUACUAAAUUAAUCAGCUAUAGUAUCAAUAAAAAUCACAUAUUAAUACAAUGUCCUCAAUUAUUUUAAUCUCAACUCUUA